AUGGGUUCGGAGUACAGCGAUGAGUUUGAUGGGUACGAAUCCUCAAGUGUUGGCGACGAGCACGAAGAUACUAUCAAUGAGAUUGUUGCCGAGGUUGUCGACCAAUUUCUCACCGAAUUCAGUAGACAUCUCGGAAUCCAACAGCCCGAAAACUCACCACUAUCGCGCAUGUUGGCGCCCAAGAUACCCGAGACUGAGGAAGAGUAUCGAGAGUAUGUCUGGGGUUACAUCGAGCAUUAUCUCCAGUCGUAUUACCAACCUGGGGAUCCAUACGUGGAGGAACUAGUAAAGAGUGCGGCUGUUCGCGCCAAGGAUCUCACACAAAAAUACGACUUGGAACCCGGGACAACGCCGAAGUUGGCCGUUAUGGCCUUAUACGACUUCGUGAUCCUCUGCGAUGACAGCAGUUCAAUGAAAAGCAAAAAGGGUGCUCGUAUACGGGCUCUUGAAGAUACUUGUCAACGUGUUGCCGAAAUUGCCAGCGCGAUACAAGACCAGGACGUGUAUCUUCGGUUUCUGAACAGCACAGAAGAUCGGCACCUGAAUAAGCUGUCACCAACUGAGAUCAGAAACCACAUGAAGAAGGUCAAAUAUUAUGGGUGGACCAGACUGGGAAACGCGCUCAGAACCAAGAUUGUCCAGCCUCUCAUCUUCGAACCAUUGGAGAAUGGCCUUUCUGCGAAGCCGGUCAUUACUAUCGUCGUAACAGAUGGACAUCCAGAUGGUGAGGAUGAGAAUUGCUUUGGUGAGACCAUCUUGGAGUGCAAGAAGAAAUUGACCCAGCUUUCCAAGCAGCCAGCGGGUGCAAUAUUUCUCAUCUCACGGGUUGGCAAUGACGCAAAUGCAGAGAACUUUCUAAGUAACCUCAGGGUGAACAAGGAAUUACAAGAGGUGCUCUAUUGUUGUCAAGACCAGCUGGAUGAGCGGCGGGAGGUGUUCCGCAGAGCUGGCGGAGAUAAUCAAUAUUCUUCGUAUCUGAUUAACUUAUUCGUCGCUGCCCUGGAUAGCCAGACUAAGUGA